GCCGUGUGAGGCUGUCAACAUGGUCGCACUACAUAUGUAUUAAGGCAGAGUGGAAACUGAAAACGGGUUCUUAUCCCAAGUAUAUGUUGCUGCCCAGUGAUUAUCCCCAAGAACUAGUUAUGAAACGAACAACAAGGGAAAGUGAUCAAGCUACUACUUUGGUGCCACAGAAAAGGAGAGCGUUGAUGGAUUUACCAAUUUGUGGCAAGCAAGAAAAUGUAAUGAUGCCUAAGGUAGCUGUAAUUUCUAAAAGUAGCCCACCUCUUGCUCAGCCUCCUGAUCUGGUACUUGCAAAGCCACCUGAGGAAGCUGUGCUAGUUUUGCUACCUAAAACUUUUUCACAUCAGGUCCAGGCAAUUAAACAUGAAGAAAUCUCUUCUGAUCCUGAGUUAGUUUUAGCAACGGCAGACAUUAUUGAGAAUCCUGUGCCAAUGCAUGGAUAUUUGCUGGCUGAGGAACCUAUGUCAAUUGUUUUUCCUACAACAAUAUCUGUCCUAAGCCAGGUUGAAGAACAAAGUGAGUUUCCUGGUGAAACCAAUCCCCUUGAUCUCGUUCGACAAAAUCGAUUUAUGUGUUUGGUUCCAGAAGUAGUCGAUAAGACGCCAACAACUAUAAAGCAUAUACCACCGAAACAAGACCCACAACAGUAAUUUCUUUGUGUGACGAACGCUCGCUGCUCUACUGGUCUUCAUUCGUUAGACUACCUUCCAUUUCUUGGGGGUGGUCUUUCAACCAAGGACUUGAAACUGUUUUUUGCACUGGCUACGGUAAAUCUGAAAAAUUAGCCACAGUCAUCGUGAAAACCAUUGCUGUCCGUUUAUCGGGAGAGCUGUUCUACCUAUUCAAUGGGAUUAGUAUAUCACAUUGCGAAUUACCGCCGAAAUUUUCAACGUUUGAAAGGCUUUCCACCAUUAUACAGUUCUUCGACAAACUGAAGCCAUGCGAGGGUAUCACUAUCCCAUCAGCAAAGCUAACAAAAUAUUCAGAUGACUUCGUUGGUGUGAAAGACAAAAACGGAAAUUGGCGUUCUAAAAGUUGUGCAUAUGUCUUUGACACAAUAUAUGUCGCUACAUCAUGCACGCGUUGCCGGGCACUGAAGAGAUAUUUUCUGCAGAAGAUAGGAACGUUGCAAUUAAAAAAGAAAAAAGAAACAAUGAACGAGAAAUGUCGAAAAUUGCGAAGCAAGCUGAACACAAUGGAAAAGAAACUUGAGAAAAGCAACCUAAAUGUGCAAAAUUUACGCAGUGACUGCAAGAAACUUUUGAAGGAAAAGAAAAGUGCUUUUCAGAACCAGAUGGGACAUCUUUCAGAAAUGGUGAAUGGUGGUAGUUUUAUUAUUUUCAAGUAGCUAGUAGCUCAUUAAAUGUUUCUUAUAUGACAUUUGGUGAUUUAUUUUACUACAUCUUAAUCAUUUCUUUUUUCAAUGACUAUUUUCUCCAAAUUUGAUUUGAAAGUUAUUAUUCGCGACUGACAAUUUUUUUUACAUUCUGUUUACAAACAAUUUAAUUGCGCAUUAUUUAGUCUCCUGUAAUUUUCAUUUCAUAUCGCAAUUUGUGUUUUGUUUGCUGACCAUAAUGUAACAAUUAUUAUGUUGUAUGUUUCCUUAUGUGUUAAGAAAAAAUGUAAACGUUAGCAUUCAAAAUCGAGAUUUGUUUGAGAUUAGUUUCAUUAGAACUUUUGUAUUAGAUUUUAUUACACAUAUUUUUUU